AUGUAUACGAAGCGGAAUAUUGAAGUAAAUGUUGAUUUUAAGUUAGUUUUUAAGUCAAAAGUACCUGAUGUCGUUGUCAGGGCAGACCAAAUUUCAUAUCCGCCAGAGCCUACAUUCAGAUAUCUCGAAGUUCCGAUUGAAGUUUUAUCUCAGAACAGAAUCAAUCAACCUAUCAUUGAUCAAAUACAAUUACUUAAAACUAUCUCGGAAAAGAUCGAAACUGCUGAGCCGUAUAUCUCAUUUAUUUAUACAUUUAGGUCAAUAGAAUUUUUAUUCAAACUUGAUGAUGAAUUGAAGUCAUCAAAUCUUGACGCUGAUACAGGCAAGAAUGAUCUCAAUUUAUUCAGAGCAAAUUUCAGAGAACUUUUCCAACCAAUUUUAGUGAAAUUAGCCGAAAUCACUAACUUUGCAAGCAGCACUAUCCAAUUUAUUUUUGAUAUUAUUAUUAAUCCCAAUAUUGAAUAUUGCGAACCGUUUUUCAUGAAAUUAACUGAAUUUUUAUAUCAAAUCUUUACUAUCGAGAAACUGAAGACAUUGAAGACUGGUAUUUCACGCGACAUACAAUUUUGCAAAGGUGACAGCUCAUUAGACCAAGCAACUCUCUCAAAAUUAAGCGAAAUCCAAACAUACUUUUCCGGAAGGAAUCUGUUCCUUAAUGCCAUCAGGACAUUAGUUGGUGAAGAUAACCAACGUCGUGGCGCUAAGACAAAAUCCCAAUCUUUGUACUUUUUCACAAGAUAUCUUCAGUAUUGCAUUAACAGAUACAAAGAACAAGCAGUCUUUCCUUCUGAAAGAAUUUCAUUGAUCAUCGGCAUGAUAUUUACUCUCUACGUCCACGGAACAAAUAAUCCUUUAAAUAAUAUCUUCCAACAGAGUCUCUGCAAGGAUGCAUUAGAUAUUAUUGCACAGAAUGCCGUUCUCCCAUUAUAUGUCGAGACAUUUCUCAUUCCUGGUGCAGUUUUAGCAGAUUGCCGCGGAUUAAACGCAAUUAAGCAACUUCCUUUCCCAACAACACAACCAGAACUUGCUAAACUAUCAGAUCAGUUCCUUUUGGCCGGCAAAUUAUCCGAAAUUCGUUCAAGAUAUCGUGAUGCCCUCAAAAAAGCCUCAAACAUGAGAAGUGACCGAAAUAAAACCACCAUUUCGAACGUUAAUUCCGUUAUUGACUGUCUUUCCUAUCUUGUCAUGGUUAUUCUUCAACAAACAGCAUUUAAAUUUGCAGUUACAGGAAAUCCACCACCAGAUCAUCCAUCAGAAGAAACAGUCUACAAGUAUGACUUAGCCGUUCGUUUCAACUACUCUGAAGCCGACAUCAACUCAUUAGUCGAAACAUUGGCCUAUGUUAAGUCACUUGUCAGCAAUUUAAUUGAUGCCGAACCAGUUUUAAACGCAUUUCUUGGUCAAUACCUUAAUGACAACAUCCGCGAGUUCAUGGAUGAGAUCAUUGAAGAACCAUUGAAACAUGCAAGUGAAGUUGGUGACGAUGAUUGUGUUGCAUUGCUUAAAUCCAUCCACACUAUCUUCUACUGGCCACAGACUAAAGCGUUCAUGGCUCCACAACACAUCGAUGUUUUACGUGUUCAAUUUCAAUCUAUGAUCUUGACAAACUCAAAGUUUCUUGAGAAAACAACAACAUUUUCACAAAGCCACUUCAAGAAGAACCACGUUAAAACGAUUGAGAAGUUCAUCCAAGAAUCAUCUACAUGGUAUAACUAUUUUAAUUUCACAUCUAAAGUUCGUAAAGAGUCAAAUCUUGGCUGUCUUUGGUUCCAUGAAACGAUGCUUGAUGUUGAUCAUAUCUAUCAGUUUCCUAUUCGUUCAUCAUUACCAUUUAUCUUAGUUGGUCACUUGUUAAGUACUCGCGAACAACCGGCUCUUCAAGAUUUAGUUUUCUUCCCAUUCGAAAUAUACAAUGAUGCAUCCAGCCAAGCAUUGAAUGUCUAUCAUUCACAGCACUUGUUCACAGAAAUUGCAGAGGAAACACAAGUUGUUGUUGAAAUGAUUUCAUUCACAUUUGCCGAUACAUAUUAUAAAAUGAUCCGCGAAACAUCUGCAGCUAUUGAAAUGAAACCAAACGACAUCGGUUUCUUGAAACCAAAGCCAAUGCGAUUCUCUAUCAUGGCAUUGCAGAACAAACUUGAAAUCAUCGGUGCUCCAGUUGAUUUCAACAUGAUUGUUGUUACAAAACUUAACAAACGCAUUCGUGAAGAACUUGAGAAAUACAUCAAGAUUCUGACUGAUUUCCGAAUGGUUCCAUAUGUCGAACACCUUGUUCGCAUUGCAAAAGUCACACACAAUCUUUUGAUUGAAAACAAAGUUAACAUCGAUGAUUUCGAUGAGAUGUGGAUGAGUGCAAAAUCAUCAGAUUCCCCAUUUGCUGUUUCGAGCAAAAUCCAAAGUUGCAUUGACGGAAUCAUUGAUUUUUCACACAUGAAAUUGGAUUACGUCAACAACUGUUUUAUUUUCUCUAAACCACUUACUAUUGAUCCAUUGUCUAAAGAAGCAUGGGCGGAAUCAUUCGCUAAGAUGCACAAAGAAGAAGAAGUUCAUUCAGUUCCAGAUUCAUUCAUCUGUUUGUGUCGUUUGUUUAAUUACAACGAAUUGACGAUUUUGAUCCAACGAUCACUUUCCAAACUUGAAGAUGCCGCAUUGUCUGCUAUUUCAUCAUACAACGAGUUCAAUGGUACUAUCCGAAUUGUUCCUGCAUUAGCUCGACACGACUUAGUUGGCUUCUACGACUUCAACAUGGAUGUUUACUCUGCUGCUAGUCAUUCACACAUCGGCAAGUUCUUUGCUAGCAUGCGCAUUGUCGGUAACAUCAUCAAGUUCAUUGCAAAUCUUGAUGCUGCACUUCCACAUCAAACGACAGGUUCAUUGAUUCCAGGAAUGAUGAAAAUCUUGAAGAACAUCAUCAUCUCACGGAAAAAUUCAUUUUAUCGUGAUGAAUUUUUAGAUAUUGAAUCAGUCACAUCUCUUAACAAUUUCUCUGCAUUGUGGUCUGUUAUUGAAUUCAUCUUCUGCUCACCAAAAGUUUUCUACUUGAGUGAAUCUAAUCCCGCUAUCUUGUUAUUAGAUACAUUUGGUGAUGGCCCAAUUGUUGCUGCCCACGCAUUCAUCUCAUUGUGCAACCACCAAUCCCAUUAUGAAUACACAUCUAUCUGUUUGCAUGCUCUUAAAUUGUCCGAAAUCUCUAAUGAACGUAUCGAGAAGGCAGACUUGGAGAAGUUCCUUCAGAACACAGCAAAGAUCGAUUUCAUCCGUCAAUUCACAAAUGGUCUUGCCGGCCCAUUUAAGAUCAAUCCCGACGAAUUAUAA